GGGGGGGGCACACACACGACUCAGUGCUCUCCCCCGCAGGACCUGGCCGAGGUGUGCAAGCGGGACGGCGCGGAGCGAGCCGAGAAGGACGUGGACCGGGUGGUGGGCUUGGGCAGCUCCAGCGGCAGCGCCGGCCGGGUGAUGCUCUCCAAGGAGGACAAGGAGGCGGCCAAGCUGGGGCUCUCCGUCUUCACGCACCAGAAGGUCCCCGGCAGUCCCGAGGCGUCCGGCUCCAAGAGGAAGCAGGACAAGGAGGAGGAGAAGGAGGAGAAGCGGACGGAGAGCGGCAAGAAAGCCAAAAAGGAGAAGAAGAAAAAGAAAAAGAAAAAACACAAGAAGGAGAAGAAGAAGGACAAGCAUCACAAGCGGGCGGCCUCCCCGUCCUCCUCAGCCUCCUCUCCGGACCGGGAUGAGAGGCACCACCGCAGGAAAACCCAGGAUCGCCCCGAGGCGUCCCGGCACCGGCACCGCCACGACACCACGGACUCCUCCUCCUCCUCCUCCUCCUCCAGCAGCGAGGAAGGCUCGGGCAGGAGCCCCUCGCGCCGCCCGGCUCGCAGGAGGGCACGGAGCCGGAGCGGGGACGGCCACCGGCACCCGUCCCCGCGGCACAAGGGCAGGAAGAGGAGCAGGAGCCGCUCUCCCCGCUCCCGCGGCGGGGCCAGGCAGCGCCACGACACCGAGUCGGAUGAGUGAGGGGCUUCGCCGGGGAGAAAUGCCAGAGGUUUUCUAUUUUUUAAGGUUAUUCUUUAAAUUAAAGUCACAGCUCUGCUGGCGCCGUCUGGCUGGCGCGGGCUGGCCUGGGCACAGCCCGGACUAAGCGCCGGCGAAGCGGCUGGAGGGGAA